CACCGCCCCCGCCACCCCCACCAGUACCUUCACAGUCUUCAGAAGGGGUAGGUGGUGGUGAGCCAAAACCGAAGAGGCAAAGGAGGGAGAGGCGAAAACCUGCAGCACAGCCACGGAAGCGGAAGCCUAGACGGGCUGCUCCGAUUGUGGAGCCUCAAGAACCAGAGAUCAAACUUAAAUAUGCUACCCAGUCUGUAGAUAAAACUGACUCCAAGAAUAAGUCCUUUUUCCCUUAUAUUCAUGUGGUAAACAAGUGUGAAUUAGGCGCUGUGUGCACAAUCAUUAAUGCGGAGGAAGAGGAGCAGAACAAAUUGGUGAGGGGUCGGAAAGGACAGAGGUCUUCAACCCCCCCUCCUAGCAAUGCGGAGAGCAAAGUGCUGCCCACCUCAACUUUCAUGCUGCAGGGCCCUGUAGUAACAGAGUCUUCUGUCUUAGGGCAUCUGGUUUGCUGCCUGUGUGGCAAAUGGGCCAGCUAUCGUAACAUGGGUGACCUCUUUGGUCCUUUCUACCCCCAGGAUUACGCAGCCACCUUGCCCAAGAACCCACCUCCAAAGAGGGCUACAGAAAUGCAGAGCAAGGUCAAGGUACGGCACAAAAGCGCUUCUAAUGGUUCCAAGACAGAUACAGAAGAGGAAGAGGAACAGCAACAACAGAAGGAACAAAGAAGCCUAGCUGCUCAUCCCCGCUUUAAGAGGCGGCACCGCUCUGAGGACUGUAGCGGAGCCUCUCGGUCACUUUCAAGGGGAGCUUCUUGUAAAAAAGUAACCACUGACGGUGGCAGUGGUGGUGAAAAGACUCCUUUGGACUCAAAACCCUCUAUGCCCACUUCAGAAGGUGGCACUGAGCUGGAGUUACAAAUUCCUGAACUACCUCUUGACAGCAAUGAAUUUUGGGUCCAUGAGGGUUGUAUUCUCUGGGCCAAUGGGAUCUACCUGGUCUGUGGCAGGCUCUAUGGGCUGCAGGAAGCUGUGGAGAUCGCAAGAGAGAUGAAAUGUUCCCAUUGCCAGGAACCAGGAGCCACCUUAGGCUGCUACAACAAAGGCUGCUCCUUCCGAUACCAUUACCCAUGUGCCAUCGAUGCAGAUUGUUUACUAAACGAAGAGAAUUUCUCAGUGAGGUGCCCCAAGCACAAGGUUAGGCUGUUGAGAUAAAAAGCGGUGGACAUUCGUGACUGAAUGGAAUCUCUCCCACUGUGCAGCCAUGCCCCCUCUCGACGUGCCUGCCAAUGCCAGCACUUCCUUCAUAAAUUCUUACAUCACACUCAAGACUGAUGACAUCACAGAAUCUGACCAAGGAGUCUGAACCAGCUGUUUCCAUGGACACAAUCUCCAUAGUGACAGUGGGAAGGGGAGGGGGAAAAAGGAAACAGGUGGGGGGAAUUAAAGAGGGAGGGAUAAAUAUAUAUAUAUAUAAAGAUCUAUUUUUUAGUCUUGAAAGACUUUGUUUUAAAUGAAAGGUGCGCUAUAUCCCUUUUGAUGCUUUUGAUUAAAAUUAACAAAAACCCAUAUAAAUUAAAAAAGAAAACUGUAGCUAAAGUAAAUAUUAAAUCCAAAAUCAAAGCAAGGCUCGUGGAGCCUAACACUUUGUGGGAAAGAAUAGCGGAACUGGGAGUACUCCAGACGGGACUUGUCUCCCUUCCUCUUGCUUUCUUUCUCACAACAUCCAAGGAAGUUCAAUUUUAAAAGGCAAAUAAAAACAUGAUAAAUUGUUCGUAGGGUGUGGGAGGAAGGCUUGGAUGGUUGCAGGUGAUGGGGUGUCAGUACUUGUGUAUGCGGGGUAGGGAGGUUAUUGUUUUUGAGAAACACCGUAUAUUAAUAGUGGAAGUUUGAAAAACAUCUGAAGACUCUCAGGUCAUGAGACUCAUGAAGUAAGAGGUAGCUGCUGCUUGCUAGAUCCCGUGUACCUUGUUUGUGUGGGAAUGUCUGUACUGUGCAGGGUUGCCCUCUGUGGCAAUGACAUGCACCCCCAAACCAUUCCAAGAAGCUGCCUUCAGUUUUGAAGGUAGGUGAGAGGAAGAUACGGUUUACCUGCCAGAUGGGGGAACUGGAAAGGAGGUCUGAAUGUUGGUGGAGUCAAUGUGUCUUCAAACUGAUCAGGAAAAUCCACUUAGCCCUUUUUUUUGUUUUAUGUUUUGCUUUUCCUAAGGAAGGAAGAGGGAAUGUCAGUGUAACAGCCUACACUAUAU